AUGCAGCUCGCCUCCGUCCUCGCUACCCUCGCGGCGCUCAAGGCCGUCACCGCCCUCCCUUCCGCUUCUACCGUCGAAGUCGCAAAGGUCGUCACAGGCGCCAGCGUCUCCGCAGACGAAAUCCCCGACGCCAUGAAGUUCAACCCUCCCAACGCCACUGACGCCACGGCUCUUGCCUCCCGCGCUUCCCUCGACAAGCGUGCUUCGCUCGGUGUCUACAUCUGCAAGGACGCUCCAUUCGUGGCUAGCACUUGCCAGCAUAUCUUCAGCAACCCUAAUGAAUGCAUUGCUCUCGACAGCUAUCUCGCCGGUCAAGUCUCCAGCGUUGGGCCUGAUCAGGGCGCUUACUGCCGCUUUUUCUUCGACUCCAAUUGCCCCUCCAACAACGACGAAAACGGCUGCCGCCACUUGGACGCCGAGUCCCCCGGUCGCUCCAACCUGAACACCGCCAGCAACGACGUCUGUGGCGUCAACUCCAAUGACAAGAUCAGGAGCUACAGGUGCUGGAACAGCUAA